AUGCUUCAGAAUAAUUUACCUAUAAAUAUACAAACAAACAUAGCAACAAUUUCAACACUAAUAUUUUUAAGCAGUUAUGAUGAAGAUAUUGAUAUUUUUAUUAAUCAAUUAUCAGAAUAUUUAACUAGUAUAGAUGUAAAUCCAGUAGAUGUAGCAAGAAAUAGAGCUUUUGCUGAAAAGUGUCUAUCAGAUAGAUUUGUUAAUGCUGUUAAUCUCAAGUAUGAGUAUUUUACAGUGCUUAGUGAAAAAUGCAAUCUAGUGUUUGGUUUAUUAGUUCAAGAAGAUGAUCCUCAGGGAUUAUUUUAUUUAAAAUAUGGACAAAUGCUUAAACUUGAUGAGAAGCAAAUUAAAAGCCAAUUUUUACGUAACUUAUUUUUUGAUAGCGCAGAAUAUAUUAGUACUGAAUAA